UGGAGGGGGCGGCGGGAACCCGGCGAGGCGGGCACCGCUGAAAGGCUCCCGGCUCCGGGUCCCGGGGCCGCCGGUGGGACCCCCAUGAGCGGCUGAGCGGGGCCGGUGCCCCCCGCCCGUCCAUGGGCGCGCUGGAGCCGGGCACCGGAGCCCCCCGCCCCGCCGCCCCCAUGCUCAGCGGCACCGCCAGCUUCGCCAAGGAGCCACCGGGCCCCCGGGACGCCGUUUCUUCUUACUACGGUGAUGGGGGGGGACCGGAGCCGGGAGCCCCCCCGCUACCUUACGGAGCUCCCGGUGGUUUCGGCGGCCGGUUCCUGGGACCGUGCCCUCCUUACCGGGCACAGCCGCCUUCCGCCGCAGCUCCGGUCGAGGGUUACGCGGUGGAGGGUUACGCGGGUGCGGAGCUGUACGCGGGCGCGGAGGGGGCUUACGCCCCCGGGGCCGCUCCGUUGUGCCCCCGCACCGGACCGCUCUGCGCCCUACCCGGGUACCGGGCGGCCGGGAAGGUGCAGGUGAUGCUCAACAACUACCCGCUCUGGGCCAAGUUCCACAAGCACCAGACCGAGAUGAUCAUCACCAAGCAGGGCAGGCGCAUGUUCCCGUUCCUCAGCUUCAACCUCUCGGGGCUCAACCCCGUGGCCCACUACAGCGUCUGCGUGGACGUGGUGCUGGUGGACCAGCAUCACUGGCGCUACCAGGGCGGCAAGUGGGUGCAGUGCGGCAAAGCCGAGGGCAACAUGCCAGGGAAUCGCCUCUACCUGCACCCCGACUCGCCCAACACGGGUGCCCACUGGAUGCGGCAGGAGGUCUCCUUCGGGAAGCUGAAGCUCACCAACAACAAGGGCGCAUCCAACAACGUUGGCCAGAUGAUCGUGCUGCAGUCGCUGCACAAGUACCAGCCCCGGCUACACGUGACGGAGGUGAAGGAGGGCGAGGGCGAGGAUGCGUACCCCUCCCCGCACACCCACACCUUCGCCUUCCCCGAGACCCAGUUCAUCGCCGUCACAGCCUACCAGAAUGCCGAUAUCACCCAGCUGAAGAUUGACCACAACCCCUUCGCCAAAGGCUUUCGGGACAACUUUGACUCGAUGUACGCAGCCUCGGAGGGCGACCGCCUCACCCCAUCUCCGCCGGAGGGUCCCGGCUGCCAGCAGCUCCUGCCAGCCCCCCGCUUCCAACCCUUCCUGCCCGAGCAGUACCCGCUGCCCCCCGGGCGCUUUUUUGGGGGGGAGCGGGGGGCUCCAUUGCCCCUGCCCCCCAAGGACCCCCCACGCUGGUACUUCACCCCCCAGCAGCCGCCCACCGCCGGGGCGUUGGAGUAUGGCGGCUACGAAGCGGGGUACGGGGGGGGGCAAGCUGGUGCCCUACGGGGUGAAGCCCUUUGCCCUGCCGCCCGCCCCCCACCCCUCCUUGCCCUACUACCCCGAGGGGCCGGGGGGGUUCGGGGCAGGGGGGGGGCUGGAGCCCCGGGCAGUACGGCCCUAAGGGCAGCCCCGGAGCUCUGGGCUGGUACCGGGAGCCCCGGGAGGAAAAGGGGAAGGAGGCGGAGGGCUGGCCCCCCGAGCCCCCCGCCGCCACCUCGGGUGACUCCUCGGACUCGGGGCUGUACGAGUGCAAACGGCGGCGGGUGUCCCCGUACCCCUCCAGCGCCGAGAGCUCCCCCCCACCCCCGCAACGGAGACCUCUACGACAAGGACCCGGGUGCCGACGGCGGCUACUAUGGCUUCUACGGCAACUGAACCGCACCGGGGGGGGGGGGGGGGCUCAGACCCCCACCUCGGGCACCCCAAGGCCACAGGAGCUGGGUGCAAGGGGUCUUGUGUGUGUGUCCCCCUAUUUAACACCCAUAUCCUGGGAAGA